UGGACGUCCUUAGUGGCUUACGAGUUUUCGAUUUUGAUAUUUGGCUCGUUUGUUUUAGUCUCGAGAUACUGUCAAAAUACGUCGACCGUCAAAAUAUGUCUGUUGAAACGGUACCAAAAGAUUUAAGAAAUCUAAGAGCCUGUCUUUUAUGUUCUUUAGUAAAGACAUUUGAGCAGUUUGAGAUGGAUGGUUGUGAUAACUGUGAUGAAUAUCUCCACAUGAAAAACAGCACCGAUGCUGUCUAUGAUUGCACCAGCUCCAAUUUUGAUGGAAUGGUGGCAAUGAUGGGUCCAGAGGACAGCUGGGUAGCAAAAUGGCAGAGAGUUGAGAGAUUCACAAAAGGCUGCUAUGCAUUAUCUGUGACUGGCAGGCUUCCACCUGGUAUUGUACGCAACUUAAAAAACAAGGGCAUUCCGUAUCGGUCAAGAGACGUGUCCACAAAGAGCUGAGGCUGAUUCACCUCUCACAUGACUAAACUGAUAGUGGCAUGAAUGGGUAUUUCACCUGAAUUGUGAACACUGUUUACUGCUAAUACACUUCGGAUAUGCUCGGAAUGAAGAUUUUUAUGGUGGACAAGCACAUAAUGAGGAUUUAAAUGGUGGACAUUAUCUUUUAUUUAUGAGACAUACAAACAGAAAGUGUACAUACAACAUACUAUUGUUUGAAAUUGUUAUGAGUGUUUUGUAUUGUUUUGAACUAUCAUGUCAGGCUCUCCAAUGUAAAUGUGCAGAUAAUUUACUCAUUUACUGUAUUAUCUUGUGUAAAUGAUUGUUAAUCUUUAUGGUUUCUGAUGUGAUAGAGAGUUUCAGAUAAUGAAAGAAAAAAAAUUGUGACUUGAAGCUGUUUUUUGCUAAUAGUAUGUUUAUGUUCUCUACCAAGGUGGUUAGGACUUUCAUAUUGUUGAUUGUAAAUUAAAGUUACCAUGCUGUGUAGGACUUCUAUAUUUGUUUUUAAUUCUUUUGUAAAUAAACAUAAUAUAAACACAGA